AUGUCUUCCAACAGCAACAGCAACCAGCCUCAGGAGCAGCCAGGCCUCGUCGCCGGCCACGCGCAGUAUGUCAAGGGCGCCGUCGAGAGCACGAUUGGAUCGGCAAUCUCCUCCCAUGCGUGGAAGGGCUCCGGUGAGCAGGACAAGGCCCAGGCGGUUGCCGCGAUGAAGGCCGCCGGCGAGAAGAGAGACCCCGCUACGCAAGGGUAUGGCAAGACGGAGGAGCUGAUGGGCCGAGCCGUUGGGUGCGAGGGCAUGCAGAAUGAGGGCGCCAGAAGUGCCAAGAAGGAUUAG